UGAGAUCAAUCUCUGUGUGCGGGGGGGAUUUACAGGCGCUGUCGCUGGAACAGGCUAAUCCUCAGCGAAAUGGUGGGACAAGUUGGACUGAACUUGGCAGGAAGGCGACCUUACUUUGUGCAUUUGACGUGAAAACGUGAACGGGGCGUCUGCAGGGAUGAGCUGAGCUGAGCGCAAAGCCUGAAUACACCCAGUGCGGGAGGCGCUGCAGGCCGUUGGAGGAGCCAUGCAGUCAGACGAAGCUGGGACGGAGUGGCUCAUGGAGCUGCUGACCGAUGUGCAGCUCCAGCAGUACUUCCUCCGUAUCCGUGACGACCUCAACGUCACGCGCCUCUCGCACUUUGACUAUGUGAAGAAUGAGGAUCUGGAGAAGAUCGGCAUGGGGCGGCCAGGGCAGAGACGGCUAUGGGAAGCAGUGAAGAGAAGGAGAGCGAUGUGUAAACGCAAGUCCUGGAUGAGCAAGUCUCUGUACCUGGGCCAGCAGGUGUUCACGGGGAAGCGGCCUGAGUCAGACUCCCAGACCAACGCUGUGUUCCGGAGUUUAUCUCCCAACCCUGAUCAGGGCGAGGGUCAGCCGUCUGCCCUCACCUGCCUCAUCAGUGACCGGGACCUCACGCUAUUUGAGAAGCUGGGAGACGGCUCUUUCGGGGUGGUGAAGCGUGGAGAGUGGCAGGCUCCCUCUGGAAGAGUGCUUAAUGUUGCAGUGAAAUGCUUGAAGAAUGAUUUGCUGGACCAGACGGAGAGUCUGGACGACUUCAUACAGGAAGUGAAUGCCAUGCAUUCUCUGGACCACCAAAACCUCAUACGGCUGUAUGGAGUGGUCCUCACACACCCUAUGAAGAUGGUGACGGAGCUGGCUCCGCUGGGCUCUCUGCUGGACAGGCUCAGGAAGAGGCAGGGUCAUAUCCUGAUCUCCGUGCUGUGUCGCUACACAGUGCAGAUCGCUUGUGGAAUGGCCUAUCUAGAGUCCCGCCGCUUCAUUCAUCGUGACCUGGCUGCCCGAAACAUCCUGCUAGCCUCAAACGACUUGGUCAAGAUUGGAGACUUCGGCCUAAUGAGGGCGCUUCCCAAAAACGAUGAUCAUUACGUCAUGCAAGAGCACCACAAAGUGCCCUUUGCCUGGUGUGCUCCGGAAAGCCUGAAAACACGUACCUUCUCCCAUGCUAGUGAUACCUGGAUGUUUGGCGUGACCCUGUGGGAGAUGUUCACUCAUGGCCAGGAGCCAUGGCUCGGCCUCAAUGGCAGCCAGAUCCUGCAUAAGAUUGAUAAAGAAGGUGAGCGGCUGGUUAAACCGGAGGAUUGUCCACAGGACAUCUACAACGUCAUGUUGCAGAGCUGGUCCCCAAAACCUGAGGACAGGCCUACAUUUGUGGCCCUCAGGGACUUCCUAGUGGAGACCAUGCCAACAGACAUGAGGGCUCUGCAAGAUUUUGAUGAGCCAGACAAGUUGAAGAUCCAUGCCAGUGAUGUCAUCACCAUCAUUGAAGGCAGGGCGGAGAACUACUGGUGGCGAGGGCAGAACAGACAAACCCUGAAGGUCGGUCAGUUUCCCAGGAAUGUGGUGACCUCUGUAGCAGGCCUGUCUGCUCAUGACAUCAGCAGGCCACUCAAACACAGCUUCAUUCACACGGGCCACGGAGACACAGACCCUCACCGCAGCUGGGGCGCCCCUGAUAAGAUUGAUGAUCUGUAUCUGGGUAACCCUAUGGAUCCCCCUGAUGUUCUUGGGAUGGAGACAAACACAGCCAGGCCCACUAAGUUACCCAACCGGGCCAAAAAGCAACCUCCACCUCGGCCUCCUCAGCCUGCUGUUCUUCUUAAGAAGCCGUUCUAUGACUCAGUGUUGGAGGACGAUGAUGAUCUCAUAGUGACAGGGGUGAAGAAGCUGUCUCUGAAGACACCGGCGUAUCUAGGUCUGCGUCUGCGGCCGUGGGAGAGCUCCAGUCCCGGUGACCGCCUCAGCGAGGUGUCGCUCAUCGACUUUGGAGAUGACAGCUUCAGCUCAGCCUCGCCUUCCCCCAUCACGGAAACACCCAACUCCAACACCGCCCAGCAGCUGCCUUCAGCCUCAGGCACUUCCAUUCUGGAUGCUGCGCCGCUCCACAGCCCCUACCGCAGCCUGCCCAAUCCCCUCCACCCCACCCCUGUGGUGGACUGGGAUGCUCGGCCACUCCCUCCACUCCCGGCCUACGAUGAGGUGGCCUUAGAGUCCGAGGAUGUGGAGGUCAGCUCCAUAAAUGCCUCUGCUCAUCAGAGAGGCAGUGAGGUUGAACAGAAGUACGAAAUGGUUGACGAUCUUGCCGAAGGAGAAUCAGAUCGCAGCAGCGAGGGUAAGCGCUUUGUUGAGGACAACCUGUUCCUGCCCUCCAAGCCAGCGGAGGAGACCCACUCCUUCUCACAGUCGGCUGACAUCUUCAAGGAGCUGCAGAAGGAGGCGAUGGCGAAGCUGCGUGUGCCUGCAGCGGGCCGUUCGCUGCCCUCCUCGCCAAUUCCCUCUUACUCGCUCACCCCACACCGCCAGAUCAUCCUGCCCUCCUCUUAUGAGGACAAACCCCAGGUACCGCCCCGGAUCCCGAUCCCACCCAUGCGGCCUUCCAAACGGGCGAACAUCUACGGCAGCAGGCUCUCAGUCUCUUUGGGAGAUGAUGAAGACCGGAGCAGGCCCCCUCGGAUUCCCCCCAGAGACCAUGCCGUGUCCCAGCCUGGCUCACGGGCCCCCAGCCCCAUGGCCCCGUAUGCAGGUUCUCCUCAGCAAAAGCCUAGUUUGUGCUGUGUUGGUUCUUUGGGUUCCUGCCUGUCCCCCUCUUCAUACUCCUCUGCUCCUUCCACCACCUCCUCAUCCACAGCCUCCAGUACCUCCUCCAAGCUUGUGUCCGGCCCCAGUAGACUCACUUUAGACACUCAGUACGGCUCCACUGAGACGGGACUGGCUCAAGCAAAGAGCCCCUGCAUCCUCCCCAUUAUGUGUGAUGGUGUGAAGGCCAGUAGCACCCACUAUUACUUGCUACCAGAGAGGCCAGCAUAUCUAGACAAAUAUGAAAGGUUUAUAAAGGAUUCGGAGGGAGGUGAAGACAGAAGAACCACCAAUAUGGCCACCGUUAGGCCCAUGGUCCAGCAGCAGGUCAUCAAGCCCAUUCUCCCUUCCACUCAUAGUGGGGGUGGACCAGGCAGCUCCUACAGUCUGGCUUCAACCUCAGAGCCAGCAGCACAAGCCAGCUCUUACAGCAGUGUCAGACAGGUGCAGGAGGCAGUCCAUGGAGUAACUGUAGAGGAGUGUCAGGCAGCCCUCCAGAGUCACAGCUGGAACAUCCAGGAGGCAGUGCAGUAUCUAAAGGUGGAGCAGCUGUUCCGUUUAGGUCUGAAGGCUCGGCCCGAGUGUGUAGAGGUUCUGCAACGGUGCAAUUGGAACCUGGAGCAAGCUAGCACUCAGAUGCUGGACUCAUAUGGCCCCACCAGGCAAAGAUACUAAAGCCAGUUUUCAGGAUGAACCUUCUGUCCACUGCAAAUCACCCGUGACUUUUUUUGUUAACUCCUUUGUCAACUGAGUCUGGACCAGCUUGAGACAUAUGUGCACUAUUUUUCAUGAAGUGGGUUCUUUAUGGUGAGGUAUGGCACUGAAUACUGAAGUAUUUCCAUGAUGUGCAAGAAUGUAAUUUAUUUUAUUCACACUGUGCGUAUUCUUAUUCAUUCAUAUUGCAUUUUCAGCAUUAUGUGGGACUCAGUAUUACUGUAGAAAAGACAUCAGCGCUAAGCUUACUUGAAACAGUUCUGUAUAAUUCCUAUUCCAGACGUUUAUUAUUUGUUUCAAAUUUAUUGAUAUUUAUAAUAUAGAAUUUUCAUGUAUGAUACAAAGGUAAAAUCAGAUUACUGUGGCUGUAUUAAUUUACAGUAUUGCCUUCAUUAUGUGUAAAAUAUUUUAUUUAAUGACACUACAGGGUUUGAUGUCUCAGAUUGAAUGGUCUUUUUAUCAAUUACCCUUCAGAUUUCAUGAGUCAGGUGUGUACAACUUGUAGCCUUUGUUCGUGUAGCCUCAUACUUUUCACAUCCCUCUAAAACAAUUAUACAGACACUCAACAAGCACUUUAUUAGGAACACCUGUACAACUACUCUUUCAUGGACUCCUAAUCAAUCUAAUCAGCACUGCAGUGUGUAAACUUGGAGAUGUGAGCCAGCAGCUUCAGGUAAUGUUCACAUCAACCACAUCGUGUA